AUGAGCCUUUGCAAAAUAUGCCGAGAAUUGUGUCGUGACUUCGACAACGGGAGCGGCGAUUGGGAGUCUGCUGAGGAGGGCUUUCUCAUUGUUGAGCCUGUUGCUUCAAUGCAUCAAUCAUGGGACUCUUUCUCCAAAUCGUUAUAUGAAGAUUGUCCGAUAUGCUGGGGCCUGUGGCGCUCCAUACGAUCGUCGCCACGAGCAUCGCCAAAUGAAGAACCUGACAUGGAAUUCAAGAGUUGGCUGCAUGAGGGCACGUUUUCGGCAAAGACGUUGACUUUUACCUUGUACAUUAAUCUAACAGGAAAGGGCAAAAGGCAAGAGUCAAACGAGUUUCACGUCCGUUACACGACAUCGGAAGCCCUUUUAAAAGCCCGGCGUCGCUACGGUAUUGAUGUCGAUCAAACGUCCGGGUCAGUGGCUCGCUUUAUCCAACACUGGAGCAAUCACUGCACGGAAACUCAUCCCGGAUGCACCAAGAGGGGUGUAUCUUCAACUGCCACCAAUGACAUAGCUUUGCCUACUCGGCUGUUAGAUCUAGGCAAUGCUGAUUCCAAGAAGUUUCGCAUCGUUGAAAGCCAGAAGUGUUGCCAAAAGAAUGACCAAUAUGUGACUCUUACGCAUAGAUGGUCGCACGACACACCAAAGCUCUUGCAAACCAAUUGUGAACAAUACUAUACGUUCCAAUCCGACAAUACGCUGCCGCAGGACUACCAAGAUAUCAUAUCAAUCUGCCGCGCAAUGUCUGUUCAGUUUCUGUGGAUUGACUCUCUCUGUAUCUUACAAGACUCACCUGAGGACUUACUCCGGGAGAUCAAGACGAUGCUGAAUGUCUAUCAGAAUGCUCUCCUUACUCUAAGUAUCUGCUGGGAUUACUCGGACUCAACGUUGUUCCCAAGUCGGAGAGGAGAUACUCUUUCGAUAGUUCCACCAAACGACGAGGGAAACAUCAUCGCCCAUUCAGCUACAGGCUGUGCCUUCGUGACUCAUGUAGACGAAUUCAAGAUUAACGUCACACACUCGCUCGUCAACUCGCGAGGGUGGGUCUUACAAGAAAGAACCCUUUCGCGGCGAAUUGUCUAUCUUGGGAAUGAGCAGCUGUACUGGGAGUGCGACGGAGUAAUCGCGAGCGAGACUGUGUCCAACAUCUUACAGGAUAAGGAUGUUAGAAGGAUGCCAAUUUUUCAUGAUUCAGACGACUUCCGUGUCGCCCUCUGGCCCAAGCUGGUCGAAAAGUACAGCCAAUGUGGGUUGACGAGUGAAGGUGACAGGCUUGUCGCUAUAUCAGGUAUUUCUCGGAUGAUGUCCGCCGCUAACCCAAGGGAUCGUUAUAUUGCAGGGAUAUGGUCCGAGUACUGGCUCUUUGAUCUUCUUUGGACACCACUGGUCAAGAACUUCUGGCCUCGGAAUGGUGCCUUACUUAGAACUUGCGCCGUCAGAACGAUAAAGCCCACACAAGACGCUCCAUCAUGGUCAUGGAUGGCUUUCCCUGGACCAGUCGAACAACCUAGAUCACUGGAGCGACCCCAAUGCAUCACAGCAACAACGAUGUCGCCUGAUAAGCCCCUACUUUUACCUCGAGCUCUCGCCAUGCUCAGUCAAUUCGAUGUCAAUCCUCCUCCAGGGGCGGAUAAUUUUGACUCGAUGUCUCACACGACUCUACGCCUGAAUUGUUUCCUCAUACCGGCGGAUUUUUCGGGCAUAGCCGAAAUUUGCCAGAGUCAGUCAGCCCCAGAGUUCUAUCAUCCUAUCUACUGCAAUGCUUUCUACUUUCCUGAGCAACGUAAGAAUGCCAUUUACCACUUGGAAUUCCUCAAAAGCUCUAGCAGAGGACUCCCAAGGCUAGAGAAGCUGACCCCGAUUACUCUGUGCUUCAACAAGCCUUGGAAUUCCGGCUUAUCUACCUCCAUGCUCCCCAUUUUUCAUCUACCGAAGCAUCCCGACAAACGCUGGACUCGGGACAGGGUGGGGGGUCUCAUCGUCCAGCGUACCAGUGCUAGGGGCCAGGAUCUGGAGUUUACUAGAAUAGGGACGUUUCUAGAAGAGACGAACAAUGAAGCAGUACUUCUCGCAGCACUGAGAACGACUAUUCGCAAAGGCAUCAUCGAUCUGAACAACGAAUGUGCAAAGUCAGGGAGGACUGAAGAAGCCUUUGAGGCCCGACUCUGUGAAUAUAUAAACGCACCAAGAAUUGGAAGAUCGACGGAAGAUAUACCUCAGGGUCUUGCUGAGGGCCUCUUUUUUCCAAAAGCGGAGUGGGCAAAUAUUUUAUUGGGCUGA